CUUUCUCACUCAUCCAUCUCACCCGUUCUUUGUCCAUCCCGGUCGAUUGAAAACUAGUCAGUCUGGUUUAUAAUUCGAAAUCUCUAGCGUCGACACCCACUCAUGCUGAGAGCCAGCGCACAAUAUCACUAACUAGCUCACUAGCGAUGUCGAUUACUCUCGAGCAUACUGGCGAAGACGCUUUUCGACCCAUUUCAAGUCUUGUUUGACGGAUGCGCUGCUCUCACAUUCAAAGAGAUUAUGACUCCCUGACCUCCCUACUCGACUAGUAGGCUUCACUUCCUUUCCCAACCUACUUGCCUGAUACUGAUCGACUAUACUUUUACUCGGGUACAUGCUUCUGAUCGUCUUUUUAGCUGGUGACAUAUCGUCAUAUUGGGAUACUUUGCUUGAACUGCGUGAUCUAUCCUUCACCUCUGGUGCAUUACGGACGCACGGCUCAGCCAUCACUGGCACUCCUGAUGCCAUAAAGGCGGAUUACUCAAUAACGGGGCGGAAUUCAGUUGCAGAGUGCCUCAUUGUCUCGAAUCCCUCGGCUUAGCACGGGAGAUGUUCACUCAAGCUUGAUAAUUCGAGAAUUGCGGGUCACAAGUAUGGGGUACUGGACGUAUAAGUCCCAAUUCGUUUCUUCUGCAGAGUGCUGACAUGAUUCUGUGACGGACGAUGCUCCAAUUCAAUUCAACUCAAUCUCUAUUGACCUAAGGAGCUGAAACUCAGCUCGGUUAAUGUGGCAAGCUAUGAGGGUGCUUCGUUGCAGCCAAAAACUCAAUAGGUACGCCGUAUAACCCCCGGAUGCACUCAAUAAUCAGAAGUCGACGCAUAUCACUGGCAAAACAUAUGAGAUAGUGCCGGCUCCGUGGCCAUUCGUGGUCGGUUCGUGGCCCUCCUGUAUGUGCUGUAGAGUGUGCACCAUACCCGUGACUCGGUGGGCUGGUUGUUCUCAGUUUACACAGCGUCUUCGGCGCCAAUGCCCAUUGCCCGUAGGCAUACCGGGUUCGUCAUUGCUUGUGACGGUCG